AUGGUGGGUGGGUUUGGUUCUCAAGGAGAUCAUGUUGUAGGUUCUAGGGAUGAGUACCAUGCGAUUUGGAAAGUGGAUUGUGUUGGGGUACAUAAUUUGAAGUUACUGGAGAAUGCCCAAGUGGAUGGAUGGAUUGAGAUGAAAUGGAAGAAAGGUAAGAAGGGUUUGGCUGGGAGUGUCUGUAUUGCCCCUUCGCUGAAGGGUGGAGGUGUUCCUGGGGAGGUUGAUCAAACUUUUUCUUCUUUGCCCAUAGUAAAAUGGGAAUUUCCGCAUAAAGGGUGGUAUAAGGCAAACUUUGAUGGAGCCUCAAAAUGCAAUCUACGUGUAUCAGGAGCAGGCAUUGUUAUUAGAGAUUGGAAUGAAAAUAUUGUGAUGAUGGCAGCUCAAAGAUUAGAGUGGGGUACAAAUAAUGAAAUGAAGGCUCAAGUAGCCCUAUUGGUGGUCCAAUGGGGUAUUAAAUUAAGUGUGCAAAAUUUGCACCUUGAGGGGGAUUCACAAAUCAUCAUUAACACAAUCAUUAAAGGUGAAACAAAUGCAUGGUUUUUGAAUAUUUCCAAAAUCAGAAAUGAUUUAAAUGUAUUCAGGCAUUACAAGGUUUCGCAUGUGAGAAGGAUUAGCAACGAGGUGGUGGAUCUUUUAUCCAAGUGGGUAACAUCAUUUGAAGUGCACAAAACCCAUAUUGAAGGUUUUUCAAAUCUACAGGAGGAGGAUGUGGCAGAGGAUGUACAAGGGGAUCAUUAA